AUGCUUGGCUCUCUCGACGAAACAAGGCGCGGAUGAUAAACUGCAGCGCCAGGAAGGGCCGGCUAGCGGCAAGCAUCCCUGUUUCCAGCGCCAGAGCAACCUUGGUUGCCAUAAGCAUACAGCGUCGCAUCCUCUCUGCCGUGCGCCCCUCCCUUCAGCAAUCUGCGACUUUUGAGAUACCCAGCAUAACAUUUCUGCGCCACUCGUAAGAGCUGCGCAACGCGUACCAAUAUACACACGGCUGCGACAUAGCUGAGCUUACGCAGGCCGAGGCAUCUAAUAACUGUCGACGCGUCGCUCUUUCCUCCUUUACGAUACCCCUAACCGACCACUAUGGCCGGUGUAAUUACAAACGAGCAGCAAGGUCUGCCACCCGUCAGCCAGCAGUACCAGCAGAAUGGCAUCCAGCAAAACGGUAUUCAGCAGAACGGCGUUCAGCACAAUGACAUGUCUAAUGGCAUUUCUAACGGCACCCACCCGCACCCCGACCCCCAGAGCGGUGUCACAGGCGUCGGCAAUGGGCCUCAGAUUGUGAGCACUUCAGGAGGGCUGGACGUCAUUGCUGGACCGCUCCUCAAUUACAGGCGCACCAGCACCAAUGGCGCAGAGACGCUGUGGCACGGCAGUGUCUUGAUCGUCACCACACCCGGACAGCAAGACCCAGUGAUGCUGGUAGGUCCUGCAGGCCCAGUCGACCAGAAUGCAGGCAACGUCCAGUUCAGCAGGCCUCAGCCCGUGAAGGUCGGUGGAGAGAAGCUGUACGAAGAUUCCAAGCGCGCGUUCUGGCGCUUCCUUAUCGAAGUUCCCUUCGAGCAAUUCGAGGCGCGAUGGCAGUACGAGUUCCAGAACGUUGUCUACGUCGACCGCAGCAAGUCAGAGAAGCCCCAGCACUUCGCCGUUCCCUCGAUUCACCAAUCGAUGCGCAUCAUGUUCCACUCAUGCAACGGUUUCAGUGUUGGCACUGACGUUGAUGCUUGGUCCGGACCAGCGCUGUGGAACGACGUCUUGCGCAUGCACGAGCAGAGGCCGUUUCACGUCAUGCUGGGAGGAGGCGAUCAGAUCUACAACGACGGAGUGCGAGUUGACGGGCCGCUGAAGCCCUGGACUGCUAUUAGCAAUCCCCACAAGCGCCGCGAAUUCCCGUUCGGCGAGCAGAUGCGUGCAGACUGCGAUGAGUACUACUUCAACAACUACGUCCGGUGGUACGGCCAGAAGCCCUUCUCCACGGCCAAUGGUCAGAUUGCGCAGGUCAACAUUUGGGACGAUCAUGACAUCAUCGAUGGAUUCGGCUCCUACACCGAUCACUUCAUGAACUGCGCUGUCUUCCGCGGCAUCGGCGGUGUUGCGCACAAAUACUACUUACUGUUCCAGCACCAUCUCGCACCCCCAAAGAGCACAUUCACCACUGAUGCGCCCAAGACCACUAGCGCAGAUCAUACCGGCACAACACCGGCUGAUCCUGUGCAGCUGGAGAAGACCUGGGUCAUGACUGACGAUAAGGGCGACCCAUCGUAUAUCAUUGGAUCGAAGCCGGGCCCAUACGUCGAGGAGCGCAGCCGAAACAUCUACUGCCAACUUGGCGCACGCAUUGCGUUUGCUGGAGUCGAUGCUCGAACGGAGCGCACUCGCCACCAGAUCAACUACCCCGAGACAUACAAGAUGGUGUUCGACCGCCUAGAGAAGGAAUUCUCAGCGAACAAGAACCUGAAGCACUUGAUUUUCCUGCUUGGUGUGCCGAUUGCGUACCCUCGUUUGAUCUGGUUGGAGAACAUCCUUCAAUCGCCGCUCAUUGCACCCAUCAAGUUCUUGAACAAGCGAUUCGGCUUGGCUGGCUCGUUCUUCAAUCAGUUCGACGGCAAGGUUGAUUUGCUGGACGACCUCGACGACCACUACACAGCGCGUCAGCACAAGACUGAACGUCGCGAACUCGUCCAGAUGCUGCAGAACUUCUCCAAGAAGCACUCUGCUCGUGUCACCAUCCUCGGUGGAGAUGUGCAUCUGGCGGCUAUUGGACGUUUCUACUCCAACCCUAAGCUCCAAAUUCCGGCAGAGCACGACUGGCGCUACAUUCCCAACGUGAUCAGUUCCGCCAUUACCAAUAAGCCUCCUCCUGCUGCCGUGGCCAACCUUCUUGCCAAGCGCAACAAGAUCCACCACCUCGACCACGACACCGACGAGACCCUCCUCGAGAUCUUCGACCGCGACCCGGGCGUCAAGGGCGAAACCCACGUCGUCCGCGCCGGCACCGAGCCCAUCAACGGCACCAACGGCACCAACGGCGCGGCCCACCACGAAGAACCAAACCCCAAGAACGCAACCGUCAACGGCAACAAAGUCGGCUCCAAAACCAUCGACUCCAACCACGCCACCAUGCCCUCCCGCAACUACGCCAUCAUCUGCGAGUCCACCCCGCCCCCGACCGCGACCCUCUCCGCGCCCGCCGCCGCCCCCGGCCAAGCCCCCAGCAUCAACGGCGCCGCGAGCGCCAUCUCCGCGCCGCCGGAGCGCAAGGGCAACAUGCGCCACGCGAUCCACGACGGCGAGAAGAACGCCGGCACGGGACAUCCGGCGGCGCAGGGCCUCACGCCUACGGGGCUGUGUGGGCCGUUUGGACUCGAUGUCACGCUCAGAGUUGAGAUCAGCAACUCGGAUCGCGAGGGUAGGACGGAUGGGUAUGGGUUCAGUAUUCCGGCGCUGGAGUCGGGUGGGUAUGCUGCUUAGGGGAGGUAAGAUGUGCGGGGGAGUUGAAGAGUCUGGUUAAGGGCACCGUCAGCGAUGACGAGUGCUUGUUGAGUCCGGUCCG